UUCUGGAAAGCUCAGACGCCGCGCCGGGCGGGGAUUGGUCCGCGCGCUCCCGCUUUGGCUCCUCGCAGUUCGUGGCCGCCUCUGCCAGGGCACCUGCUCGCUCGGCCUGUCCCGCGGUGCGGCGAUUCCCUGCUGCGCUCGCUCCUGCCUCCUGGUCCGCAGGGCGAGGAGAAGGGCUGGACCGUCCCGUCUCCGGACCCCGACUGGACCCCACGGCGCGCUGCUGAGCCGUCGCACAGCGAGAUGAGCGCGGACGCGGCGGCCGGGGCGCCCCUGCCCCGGCUCUGCUGCCUGGAGAAGGGUCCGAACGGCUACGGCUUCCACCUGCACGGGGAGAAGGGCAAGAUGGGCCAGUUCAUCCGGCUGGUGGAGUCCGGCUCGCCAGCCGAGAAGGCGGGGCUCCUGGCCGGAGACCGGCUGGUGGAGGUGAACGGCGAGAACGUGGAGAAGGAGACCCACCAGCAGGUGGUGAGCCGCAUUCGCGCCGCGCUCAACGCCGUGCGCCUGCUGGUGGUCGACCCUGAGACGGACGAGCGGCUGCAGAAGCUGGGCGUCCAGAUCCGGGAGGAGCUGCUGCGCGCCCGGGAGGAGCCCGGGCAGGCCGAGGCGCCGGCCGCCGCCGAGGCGCUGGGGGCUGGCGGCGACAAUGAGCCGCAGGCUGCCGCGCCGGAGCCGCGCGAGGCCGAGAAGAGCCCUCCGGAGCGGCGUGAGCUUCGGCCUCGGCUCUGCACCAUGAAGAAGGGCGCCAAUGGCUAUGGCUUCAACCUGCACAGCGAGAAGUCCAAGCCAGGCCAGUUCAUCCGGGCGGUGGACCCUGACUCGCCCGCCGAGGCCUCAGGACUCCGGGUCCAUGACCGCAUUGUGGAGGUGAACGGGGUCUGCGUGGAGGGCAAGCAGCAUGGGGAUGUGGUGUGCGCCAUCAAGGCUGGUGGGGACGAGACCAAACUGCUGGUGGUGGACAAGGAGACUGAUGAGUUCUUCAAGAAAUGCAAAGUGAUCCCGUCUCAGGAGCACCUGAAUGGUCCCUUGCCCGAGCCCUUUACCAAUGGGGAGAUCCGGAAGGACUUCCCCACUCCAUCCUCCACCAACCCACAACCCUCCUCUCUGUGCCAGGAGAACAGUCGUGAAGCCCUGGCCGAGACGGCCUCCGAGAGCCCCAGGCCAGCCCUGGCUAGAACCACCUCCAGCGAUACCAGUGAGGAGCUGAAUUCCCAAGACAGCCCCAAGAAACAGGACUCCACAGCACCCUCAUCUACCUCCUCCUCUGACCCCAUCCUGGACUUCAACAUCUCCCUGGCCAUGGCCAAAGAGAGGGCCCACCAGAAGCGCAGCAGCAAACGGGCCCCGCAGAUGGACUGGAGCAAGAAAAACGAACUCUUCAGCAACCUCUGAGCGCCCCUCUCACCAGCCCCCCAGGAAAGCUGGAAGGGCUGGCCACUCCCAUACCGCAACCUAACUCCCUUCCCCUCCUCCCCACUUACCCCCAAAUCGACAUACAAAUCAGCACCAGCAUCUCCCAUCUUGGCAAAUCUGCUUUUUCUAGAGAACUAUAUUCUUCCCUUACUACAAGGAAAGUGAAUGUUUUUCCGUCCUGCCCCAAUCAAAAAGCGGACUCUGUCCCCCUCCUCCUCCCUGAGUGCUUCAGCCUACCAGCUGUCCCCUUGCCACCCCAUCUGGGACAUCACUGGGACCUGCACCAAGCAAGGACUGGACUGGUUGAGAGGUCACCUUCCCUCACGACCCCAAGUGAUGACUGGGUCCAGGGUUGAUCAAGGACUUGAUUACAGCGACAACAUCUCAGAGUGGACAGGAGUGCAUCAUCCUGAAAGCUGUGGCUUGGGCGUUUUAUUUUUGUUCAUUUGAUUUUUUUUUUUUUUUAAAGAGUGCAGUAUCACAGAGUUUAGAGGGAUUUUUGUUUCUUUGAUUAACAUGAUUUUCUGGGUUGUUGCAUCCUGGACAUAGCAGCAGCCCCAGCCUUAAACUUUGUUUCUUCUCCUACCCUAGAGACCCUGGCAGCAUGGGGAGGGUUUGAAGAUGCCCAGCCCAGCCCUGAGCCAGGCACCACCAUUAUAAGGAAACUCUGUCAGCAAUCCAACUGAUUUCUCCAAACCA